CGAGUUCUGCGCGCGUCUCCGCGCGUCCGAGUCAGCGCGGUGUCUCGGGUCGGCAGCAAGGGAUCGACAUGUCGUCCCCGCAGGCCCCGGAGGAUGAUCAGGGCGGCGGCGAUCCCCCCGGGGGCCUCCGCAGCGUCCUGGUCACCAGCGUGCUCAGCCUAGAGCCGCUGGACGAAGAUCUCUUCAGAGGAAGGCAUUACUGGAUACCUACAACCAAGCGGCUGUUUGGGGGUCAGAUCAUGGGACAGGCCCUGGUGGCUGCAGCCAAGUCUGUGAGUGAAGACGUUCAAGUGCACUCCCUGCACUGCUAUUUUGUAGGGGCAGGAGACCCGAAGGUGCCAGUUUUGUACCAGGUAGAGCGGACGCGAACAGGGGCAAGCUUCUCGGUGCGUUCUGUGAAGGCUGUGCAGCAUGGCAGGCCCAUCUUCAUCUGUCAGGCCUCCUUCCAGCAGGCCCAGCCCAGCCCCAUACAGCACCAGUUCUCCAUGCCCACUGUCCCCCCACCGGAAGAGCUGCUUGACUACGAGACCCUCAUUGACCAGUAUUUAAGGGACCCUAACCUCCAAGAGAAGUACCGAGUGGGCCUGAACCGAAUUGCUGCCCAGGAUGUGCCCAUUGAGAUCAAGCUGGUAAAUCCACCCACCCUGAACCAGCUGCAGAACAUGGUGCCCAAACAGAUGUUCUGGGUGCGAGCGCGGGGCCAUAUUGGGGAGGGCGACAUGAAGAUGCACUGCUGUGUGGCUGCCUAUAUCUCGGACUAUGCCUUCCUGGGCACAGCACUGCUGCCCCACCACUGGAAGCAUAAGGUGCACUUCAUGGUCUCCUUGGACCACUCCAUGUGGUUCCACGCCCCCUUCCGAGCUGACCACUGGAUGCUCUAUGAGUGCGAGAGCCCCUGGGCUGGUGAGUGUGGGGCCACAUGGGACAAGGGCACUUGGGGUGGCAGGGAGCCUGUGUUCUUGGGUCAUGCUGUUCCCCACCUACAUCCUAUGAGGCACUGCACAGGUCACUUCCUCUUCUGCCCCACCAGGUUUUGGCAUCCUUGUCAUCAAAAUGACAAGGUGAGGCUAGAGGACGGGACAUGUGCUUAGCUCUUAAUUUCUGUAAUAUGUUGGGAAUAUGAUUCACUUUAUCUCAGAGACCCCUGUUCUAGUCCUAGAACCACUUUAGAUUCUCUGUAUGAUCCUGGGCAAGUCUCAUCUCCUCCCUGAGCCUCAGUUUCUCCACUUAAGUAAAUAGUUGUAUUGGAGUAGUAGUAUUCAAACCUGGUGGCCCAUCAGACCACUACUUGGGGGAGCUUUUUCAAAAUAGAUUCUAAGAUUCUGACUCUGCAGGUCUUGGAAGAGGUCCAGGAAACUAUUUUUAAGAAGCUCCCUACGUGAUUCUGCCAAAUAACCUGGUUGGGGCUCAGGACACUCAACAGUUUCUAAGGGCCCCU